CCCCACACACAGAAUCACUGUAUUUCUGAAAGUGGAGAGUUAUGGCUAGUUUAUUGGCAAAGUCUUUGUCUGCUUUGUUGCAAAUGAAAACGAUGAAGUGUUCGGCCGUUCAAUUAUUGGCUGUGAACUAUUGUACUAAAGCGGUUGAUCUGUUCACUGUGUCUGGUUGCACAGCCCAGGCGACGCAACACGGUCACUUCGAUAAUCCAUCAGAUUCCAGCAUCAGCGACAAGCCAGUUGCAGCGGCGACCGCAACAUCGGAGAACAAAACUUAUCUGUGGGGUCGUUACAAUGAAAUGAAAAAAUUAGUUCAUGAACUUAUUCCCCCUGGAAUCUGCAGCAUUCUCAAUCCAGCAAAUAUUUAUUCAAACAAUGAGGUUAAGUUGGGGAACAUUGAAAUCUAUGGAUUCGAUUAUGAUUAUACUCUUGCACAGUACUCCAAUUCUGUGCACACAAUGAUCUUUGACACUGCACGUGAAAUCCUCAUUGAUCAAUACAAGUAUCCAGAAGGGAUCAAGGAGUAUGAAUACCAACCAAAUUUUGCCAUCAGAGGCCUCCAUUAUGAUGUGCGGAAGGGAGUUCUAAUGAAGAUUGAUGCUUUCCACUAUGCUCAGUUAGGAACGGUGUAUCGGGGACUCAGUCCAGUACCAGAUGAUGAAGUGUUACACAUGUAUGAUGGAACCCAGCAUGUUCCUCUACAUCGAAUGAGUGACUUCUAUGGCAAGGGCCCUUCAAUGAAGCAGUUCAUGGAUAUUUUCUCUCUGCCUGAAAUGACUCUUCUGUCAUGUGUCAAUGACUAUUUUAUUAAUCACAACAUUGAAUAUGACCCUGUUCAUCUCUUCAGAGACGUAAGUGAUGCAAUAAGUAAUGUCCAUAUCAAAGGAAUGAUGUACAAGUGGAUUGAGAAUGACUUUGAAAAUCGUAUCCUUCAUGGAGAUGAAACAUAUGCUGUCCUUAACCGUUUGGUUAAUGACGGAAAGAAGCUCUUCCUCAUCACCAAUAGUCCCUUCAACUUUGUUGACAAGGGAAUGAAGUACAUGGUGGGCAAAGACUGGCGGGACCUUUUUGACUUGGUGAUCGUUCAAGCCGACAAGCCGAGCUUUUUUACAGAUAAGCGCAAGCCUUUCCGAAGACUGGAUGACAUGGGUACACUUCAGUGGGACAAAAUCAGCACAUUGGAGAAGGGCAAGAUGUAUAAACAGGGCAACCUUUUUGAUUUUCUGCGGCUGACAGGCUGGCGUGGAUCCAAAGUGCUUUAUUUUGGUGACCAUCUGUACAGUGACCUUGCAGACCUAAUGCUCCGUCAUGGCUGGAGGACGGGAGCAAUUGUACCUGAACUAGAGACAGAAAUCAGUAUCAUUAACACAGAACAGUUCACACAUGGGCUGACUUGGCUACAGGCCCUAACAGGCCUUCUGGAGAGACUGCAGGUUUACCAGGAUGCGGAGUCAAAGCAAGUGCUUGAUGAAUGGAUAAAGGAGAGACAAGAAUUAAUGUCUCUGACAAAGAACUUAUUCAACCCCCAGUUUGGGAGCAUUUUCAGGACUCACCACAACCCCACCUAUUUUUCUCGAAGGUUGUGCAGAUUCUCCGACAUCUACAUGUCCUCUAUCAGCUGCCUCCUGAACUAUGACACUACCUACACCUUCUAUCCCCGAAGGACUCCUUUACAACACGAGGCACCCCUCUGGAUGGACCAACUCUGCACUGGCUGCAUGAAAACUCCUUUCCUAGAAGAGAUGGUACACAUAAGAUAAAUUCAACCACGUCUCACCUGUAGUUUCAUUUCAAAUGGAGACGUUGCUAUCCCCUACACCGCAAGAGGUUAUGUAACAGGUGGGAAUUUUCUUCGAAGAGGCAUGAUUGGACAUGUAAAUGGGAAAUGAAUACAAUAGGAGUAUUAGAUGUUUGUGAUUGGAAUGAUCAAGAUGCAAUGGUAGUGACCUGUGUUAUUGUCCCUUGCUAGACCAAACCUUUUACCACCACGAUGUGCUCCAGUUGAUGCUAUUGUUGACUGCAGUGUCCUCCUGAUAAUUGUGUUGGCUUUGUAGAUUUGAGUUAGGUGAGAACAAUGCAAGGUCUAAACAGAUUACGUAUUGGUCUACAGUGCCAGCUAUUUAAUGGAUUCCAGGUUUAUCAGAUAAUGUCAUGCAUGGUGAUUUUGUCCAGACAUUGUGACUGCCUGAUAGACAUCCAGACAUUUCUCUGAGCUUUGCAAACCUGGAAGAUAUUGUUAUAUUGGGCUCUGAAUUUUCAAAUAAUUCUUAGGCACCUGAGGGUUAACAUAAGAUCGCUUGUCAAAGAGAAUAGCUAAAUGUACUUAGUGUUGCCAUGGUACCACCUGUAGAUAUUAAUAUUGUGUUUUAAAGAAAUUGGUUGGUAAAGGGAAGAAUAAUUUUACAUGAGUUUCAUUUGGUGCAUUUAUAGUGUGUUUUCUAUUCUAGGGCACUAAGGGAAACUUAAAGGCUCAUUAGGAGUGCUUAGGGAAUUGAUAUUUUUAACUUUGCUUUAGUUAUUUACAAGAUUACUGUACAAGGAUGCUGGCUACUGAUUUCCAGUAAUCCUGAGCAUAGAGUAAUUGAAACAAUUUUAAAUUAGUCAUAAAUUUAAUUCAAAAUUAGGCUUGUUACGACUGUAACAUCUAAAGUUGUUCAUCAUCUUCCUGACAACAGCAAUGCAGAUGUUGCCAUAAUGUCCUGACCAGAGAUUGUGCAGGAUUCUGUGAAUCCAGUAUCACAGAUGGCCAAGGUUCUAUGUUGAGGAUGUACGGUUAUACAAAUAUAUCUUCCUUAGUUUGAAAGUAAUUGGGCUAACUCUAAAAUCAUCAGUCAUAAGAGUUUUGAAUGUUCUUGAAACUACACUACACAGAGGCUAGAUAAUACACAAAUUGAUGUAAGGUAGUCACACUGGUUUACACAGGUAUUUAGCCUAGAGUAGAAACUCGGGUUCUUCAAGGUUGUUUAAGUAGAAAUUAAAGACUACUAUUUUAUGGUUUAGUGCUAAUAUUUUAAUAUAGUUGUAAUAUGUCACUGAGCUUAUUAAAUUACUGUACUAUUAUGUUGCACAAAGCAAUUAACUCUCAACUUGAAUUUCUCUCAACUCCUGACCCACCCCACCAGGUCACAAUUAUGUCUUCUGCAGAUUACAGAAGAUCUGAUUGGCUGAUCAGACUGGACAAUAAACCAAUCCUUGCUAGGCUUCUCCUAUAGAUGACAUCAUGGUAGUUCUCCACCAGUGGCGUGCAGCCUAACUCUGCAUUGCCGUGCUCAAGUUUU